CGUCUUGAAGGCAUCUUGGCUCUGGAUUCACUUUGACAGGCUUUUCGUUUGAGAUCAAGAACAUGACUCCAGAGUGUCUACUCGAAUGUCGACUGAAGUACUAAUGAGAUAUCUUCGAAUUUAGAAAUGAACCCGACUUUUGAUACCAUGCCGUCCGCCAAGGUGCACAUGAACAAGGUGAUGCGCGAGGGCUGUGAGCCAAACUCGUUAGAGCGACUUCCUCCUUCUGCGAGCUGCAAUAAACCUCUCACUCCUUUCAGCAUCGCAGACAUUCUCAGUAAACCCAGUGAGGGCACAAGGGCUCACCUGAGUUCACCUGUGCGCAUCAACCGCCGCGUCACGUCUCCCGUGAGCCAGACGUCACCGCUGUGCGCCCUGCAGGAGCUGACAAGUAAAACCUUCAGAGGUCUGGAGAAGGGUGUGAUCCAAGCAGCAGAGAGUAGAGAUGGGCUCAGUGUUUUAGGCCAAAGGAGCAAUCCGAAAAAGCGCAGAAAGUCCAGGACAGCGUUCACACACCACCAGAUUUACGAGCUAGAGAAACGUUUUCUGCGUCAGAAGUAUUUAUCUCCCGUGGACAGAGACCAGGUCGCGCAGCAGCUGGCGUUAACCAAUGCGCAAGUCAUCACAUGGUUCCAAAACCGCCGCGCCAAGAUGAAGCGGGACAUGGAGGAGCUGAAAGCAGACGUGGAGUCGGCCAGAUCAGUAGGAGCCGUGCCUUUAAAGGAAACAACCGCACUGGGUGAGCUGGAAGAAAGUACUACAGAAAGCAAGGGACACAUGGGAACACAGUGGUCCUCUCAGCUUAGACACGAGCUGCAGAGCGCGCACAAAUUGUGCAUGUUGCGCUCCACGUCGUCCUCCUUUUCAGACCACACAAGUCACACUGAAUCUGAAGACGAGGACGUGGAAAUAGACGUGGAUGACUGAUUGCUCACCCGGGUGGUGCGAGAUAAUAAAUGACAGACUGCUCCAAAUCUGCUUUUUCAUUACUAUUUCUGUUCUGUUUAUAAUAUCAUGGAUGAAGAUAUUCUCACAUUUCGUCAUGCUG